GACUUUUGAAGUACAUGUACUAUUAGUGCGUAACAAAUUUGCUUAUUUAUGUUCAUAAAUCCACUCUAAAGGAAACAGAAAAGCUUUCUAGAACGAACAGAAACGCUUUAGAAGUUUCAAGGCUUGCUUUUUUCAUAGCUGAGCUUGGUCUUUUGGUAUAACAGCAGUCAGAGAUUUCGAAAUGUCAUCUGGAAAAGAUGGCGAAAAGAAAAGUACAGAUAGUGUCUCUAAAACACCUAGUCUGCCCCUGAGUGCAAGAGCAUUAUUGUCCAGACAGUUAGGGACAGGUUCUUGUCCAGGAAGACUACCAUCCCUUCGUCCAGCAAGAGAUCUUAGUCUGGGUGCUACUCCGAAACUCACUUUAGGAGGGAAAACAAAAAGAACUUUCACACCUACAAUACCUGCCAGAAGAAUAAAGGAAGAACCGAAAGAUGGACUUUCAAAAGAUAUGCCAUCUUCUUCUAAGGACAGAAAAAAUAGGCGCCAUGAAGGAGAAGGACGUGGGCGUGGCAGAGGAAGGGGUAGGGGAAGAGGAGAAAUCGUAGCAUCUCAGUCAGUCUUCUCUAUGGGUCCUGCAGAAAAACCUAAAACAGGUCAGACAACACCAUCACUUGGUUUUGUAGGAGGAGGAGGAAGGGAAGAUAAAACAGCAACAAAAACAUCAAUUAAAAAAGAAAAUAAGGAUAUUGAAUAUGAUGAAGAAGAAUCCAAGAAAAUAUUGAAGAUGUUACAAACAGAGGAUGAUGGUAUUGAAGAUGAAUGCAGUGAAUAUGGAAUGGCACCAGUCUCUAUACCUCUCUCAAACUAUUUACUGAAGAUAAAAGAAACAGAAGACAAAAAAGAUAUAAUCAAAGAUGAACCAAUGGAUGUAGAUGAAGAUGAAUCAACAGUGAAACCCAGAAUGAAACCCAAACCAGUCAAAAAUAUUCCAAUCAAGGCUGAGCAAAAAGAACCAACAUGUUCAUUAUUGUUUAGUAAUGUAUCAGAGCUUGAAGAGGAAAAGAUCCUUUUUCUACAGUUCCCAGAUAAGUUGCCCAUUAAACCUUUGAAAAAGGAUGCUGGAAAUGAAAAUGACCAAGCAAAAGAAAAGACCAAUACAGAUAACUCAAAUUUAACCUUGAAAGAUGUAUCAGAAGGAUACAUUGGAAAACUGCAAGUUCUGAAAUCAGGGAGAACAAGGCUGGUGCUUGGUGACGUAAGCCUUGAAGUUGCUAUGGGAACGUCCUGCUCUUUUCUGCAAGAACUCGUUUCUGUUCACACGGAUGAAAAUCGAUCCGACAUGACUGUACUGGGGCAAGUCAAGCACCGAAUCAUUUGCACACCAGAUUUCGAAAAACUGUUGGUCGCUUAGAAAAAUAUAUCAAAUUAUUUAUACAAAAUCCCUUGUCUACAAUAUGUAUAUCAUUGCUAUUUUGAAAUUAUUUAAAAUCUUUAAUUAGCAAUGCUGUCCUAUUAUGCAUUUUUGGGAGAGUUUUAAAGGAAGGUAGCGGGCACGAAGUAACGAGGUUUGGUCGUGUUUGUGCAGUCUCCAUUAUACAGCGAGGGCACUCUAACCAUGAAAACUUUGUGCUUUUUUACUCCUUUUUUUAACAUGCAUCCCUUGAGUGAAUCAUUUAGAAAUAAGCGGUCUUUUGAUCACAUAGCAUAUUUGAGUUCAAUCCUACUUUUUUAGAGGGUUUGAAGCAGUAAAAACCUCAGAAAAUAAAAAUCUGAAUAAAGUCUAGUGUUCAUGGUUCGAGUGUCUUCACUGUAAGAGCCUUUUGGCACUGAGCACUUCCUCGUCUGAUGUCAAAAUGUGUAGCUUUAUUGGCUAAACCUGUGACUUCCAAGUCGUUCAUAGCAAACGUACUCGUCUAAAUGCGACUCGACGUAAGAAUAAACAAGAAUCGAAUAACUCAAAGUAAUACAUGGUAAUACAGGCCGAACAAAACCAUGCCGCUUGUCGCGCGACAUUGUUGCCCGUAUUACCAAACCAAGCUGCACGAUUUUGUUGCAUCUUUAGACUGCACAAAGCCUCUUUCCCCAAAAAUAAACAGUGCAGUUAAGUAAAGUUGUAUGCAGAUGUUAAUUGGCUCGCCUCUCCGCCUACCCCACCCAUUUUAAUGUCAAGAUAUGCAAGCCGCAUAGCUGAGCUGUAAUGUGAUUGUUUACUUCAGAAAUAGAAUACGGAGAUAAUUGACUUAUAAAUAGCAUCUGUGUAUACGCUUCCAAGGUUAGAGCCGUCACGACUAUGAAUUCCUUAAAGCAAAAUGUGCAUGCAGCUUAUUCUAAAAUUGUAAGAAAGAAAGGCAAUUGGCCAUCAGUAAACUCCUGACUAAACCAAAGUUA